GUCAGCGCUGAAACGAACUCGGAGAGUGCAACCACUCGUGGAGUGCCAGCCGAAACGAACCCGUUCUAACUCUCGCAUCUUGCUAAACGUCCGGCGUGUCCAAACAUCAGAAAUCGGCAUUUCAAAAGUUAAAAACGAGACGUUGAGAAUAUGGGACGCACACUUUCAUGCAAAGCUGGAUUCAAGUGACUCAAAUCGAAAAACAUGCAUGUUUACAAUAAUAUUGUCCUGGUGAAAGAUGAGCCGUUUCAUUCAUUUUCGCGCCCGAAACGGUGAAUAGUAAUUGGGGGUUGUGUGGAUAUUUAUGCAGCGUGUAGUCGGUCAACCAUUUGAAAGUCGCGACGAGCAAGGAGGUUAUAAUGCGACGAGUCACUCGCUGUAGAUGAGCAACGAAACGGUGACUCGCACGUUAAUACACUUGCUGCAGGCUUGCAAGGAGUUAAAACCGAAACUCACGUAUCCUGACUGCGUCCGCUACGUCAACUUCGUUGUCACGUCACUUCUGCGAAAAGUCACUGUAAAAUUGCCAAACACACAGAAAUAAAACCCGUGUCGUAGAAUAUCACCAAUAUACAUUUAAAAAGAAACCGAAACCCUUUUGUUUUUGCCCGAAAAAACAAGAAACAACGAAACAUCAACUUUUAAGUCUGGCUACAAUGUAUUUUUGCCGAAUCUUUUGAAAAGUUCGCCAGAAUUUCGAUUCGGCAGACUGCAGUACGCGCAACAAGCCAACAAGCGCACCACGCUCAAGGACGCUGCAAAUGGCAAUGACCAGAGGCCGUUUUCGUAAGGCUCACGGAUAGUGUAACGGGCGGCGCGGCCGUUGAUUCGCUCCCAGUGACCUUGCUGGCAGCAGCCAGUGUGUCCGAACACAGUCAACACAGUGUUCACAAUGCACCCACACGCCUCACAGGGAAAAGGUGCCUUGUGGCCGGCGGGCGACGAGGCGCCGUUGGCGCAUUCCGUCCAAGGUCUCUGGCGGCGAAGCAGCGAGCGGCCGCUUUUCUUUCUUUUUGCGGCAGCAGCUGGACUUCAGCUGAGGGCGUGGAAACCACGUGGCCACGCGAGCGCGGCUGUGCCUCAUAAACAGAGGCGGCCAUUGGUCGGCCGAGCUUCGGCGCCAAGAAUCCCGCUCGGCUACGUUCGGUACAACUCGAUUCCUCUCGUCGCGUAUUCGGCGGGGCUCGGAGCCAGUCAGCAGGCGCGUGACGUCGUCGGGACGUCAGAUUGUUGGCGGGUGCCCGCUGGAAGGGCUUCGUUGUAGCGUUCCAAACGGUCACGGUCGUAGCGUCGGGCGCGGGGGCCUUCGCUGGAAAUUCGUGGUCUACGUCCCGGGAUGAGCAUGAGCAUCCGCACUCUCCUCGAGGCCGCCGAGUACCUGGAGCGGCGGGAGCGCGAGGCCGAGCACGGCUACGCGUCCACCAUGCCCGUCCCGGCCGACCUUUCCCGGAGGAGACCCAAGACAAAGAAGGCGCAGGGGAGCAGGAGCACGCACAACGAGCUGGAGAAGAACAGGAGGGCCCACCUACGCCACUGCCUGGACAAGCUGAAGGAGAUGGUGCCCCUGGGGCCAGACGCCAGCCGCCACACGACCCUGGGCCUGCUCAACAACGCCAAGAGCUUCAUCAAGAUGCUGGAAGAGAAGGACCGCAAGAACCAGACGACCAAGGACCAGCUGCGACGGGAGCAGAGGUUCCUCAAACGGAGACUGUGCAACCUGGACGGUGCCUACGGCGAGGAGCGGCGCAGCGCCAGCGAGUCCGGUUCCUCGUCGCGCUCUUCCGCUUCCGAGACGGACGAAGUGGACAUCAUGGGCUUCAACACGAACCAGAGCGACUCGGACGACCACAGCAGCAUCCAGAGCGUGACCAGCGACGGUGGGGUGGCCAUCUCGACCAAGAGGCUGUGCCUUGCCGAGGGCGUCUAGGCCUCCCCCCCGCGCCCACCGGCUCCCGCAAGCAAUACGCCCCCACUACCGUUAGGGCCACACGUUGCACACUCUUCCUUCCGACGCCCCCGAGACGCCCCGGUUCGCUCUUUUUUUGCCUCCCCCUCCUCUGGAUUGUCUCGGAGCACCCAUUCCACAUCCGAAUUAUUCGACGCCUGGGGACGCGUUUCCGAGAGGGGCGGUGGAAGCGUUUGGUUUGGAGGUUUAUUUAUUUGGAAUACACGCAGUCCGUAGUCGAAAUGUUUGUCUCAGUGCUACUCGUGCCCAUUUGUGCGUGUCAAUAGCGCGUGUGUGUGUGAUCGGCAUUGGUACGGGAGAGUUUGGUUUCUUUAGCCGAGGCAAGAGGGCUCUUUUAUGCGACGGGAGCUUUUGCUCCGCUGUCCUCAUUCUUGUUUCGGCUUUUGUCUCCAAAGAGCGGAAUGUUGCGCGUUGUCUCGGUCCACUCGUGGAACUGCUGCGGCUCUUUGCUCGCCAACCGUCCUCGCGUUUGGAAGAUUCUUUGUGGCGUCUGGGGCUUGCGUGCCACGUUUUUAUUCGGUUCGGGUGCAUUCUGCCCGUCCACGUGUUUUCUCUCGAGGUAAAACGAGCCACAUCUUAUGCGUUUGCAUUCUCGCGUGACCCGCUGCAAAAAACUGAAAGGGAAUCGAUUGCAUUCUCUCCAAAAAUGCUCGGCUGCCCCGGAGUCUUCAUUGCGGCAUCUGGCAACAUUGUCUCUGGGAAUGUGGCGGGCGUAGAGGCCAUGCCCAAACCAUCUCUUGUAGCUCUCCCCCAGGUUGCACUCGGGCGUUGCACGCUGGGGACCUUCUGCUGUGGCUGUCGUUCCCCAUCGAUGGGCAAGAGCAGCCCCGUGUGGGGAUUCCCUCCCCGCCCACAAACCAGCCCUUUUUUGGCCAUUGCCGAGACGGUUGGAGGGGAUCCCUCCCUCGGGCAGCCGUUUGAAAUGGCGCUCCAUUCGUUUGGGAAACCCAGAACACGCGAGCGUGCAUGUGCGUAUGAAUGUGGGCAUUAUUCCCCCAAUGGCACGCUGUCCCCAGGCAUUGUGGUGUGUCUUGUUGGAAAGCAGAUUUUACUUUUUCACUCCCGUUCUUUCCAGCUUUUUUUUCUUUCAACUUUACAUCGUCGUUUUUUCACCAUUUUUCCCGUCCAUCUAUACGAGGCGGGUGUGUCACCGACGACUCGAGAGAAUUUUACGGAAAGGGACUCUGAAAGCGAAGAAAUAAUUCCGCGCUGGGCGUUGGAGCAUGGAUGAAAAUUGAUAGUGAUCUACUUAGGUAGGAUCCGCUAAUUAAUUUUUGAAAUAUUCGAUUUAUCGGGCAGAUUUUGAUUAGAGAUUUGUUGCCUAUUGUCCGCAGAUGCUAAGUGAAAAAAAAAAAAAAGACUUUUCAGUGUCCGACCUUGCCGAAGGGGAAAGAGCAACGAAGGCUGCUCUACCGAGGAGACCGAGCGUGGCGCACCUCUUCUACGACCACGCGAGGUAAUGCGACUCUGUCGGAGCCACUGACUACCUGCUGCGGAGGGCGGCGCCACUUCGAUUUGCACGCAUAUUCCGUCUCGUAAGUUGUCCUUAGUGCUGGCACGGCCCUAAGCGCGUUGUCGACGCGCUUUUGAUGCGCGAGCGAUUGUGCAAACGAGGCAGAAAACAAACAGCGCAAGGACAGAGUAGAAGGCGGUAGACACACACAGCGCUGUGUGUGUCUACCGCCUUCUACUCUGUCCUUGCGCUGUUUGUUUUCCGCUAAUAUGAAUGACCAACUAGCCCAAUCGUCAACACUACCAAACGAGGCAUUCUGCGGGACUUGGCUCCGGUGGCUUUGCCAGCACCAAAAACCACUCGCGAGAUGGAGUAUGGCUGCGACAUCUGCCCCCACCUUGCUUAGCCAAAGAAUAGCGGGGGGCAGAUCUUAGUCGUCGGAAUUCAAACGACGACCGGGACAUAUUUUGGCGACGGGCAACAGAUUGGAAUGGGCCUACAAAGUCCACUAUCUUGGAAGUUAAUUAGUAGACUUUAGGUAAUUUACUAGUUAUCACUGUACGCUCCUCGUUUUUGCGGAAGAAUUCUUUUCUUUGGAGUGCCCUUUUUUUUUUACAAAUGAUGGUCAUACACGAUGGUCGUACGUGCUCCCGGACGCGAAAGUCCUUGGGACGGUUGCAGACGCCGCCAGUGAGAAUCUCGGUCUGGCCUCCGGUGCAAACCCCGGCCACUUUUGCUUUGGGUGGCCCCUCUUCUUUCUUGCCCCGUGACUUUUUCUUUUCCGCCCCCGAGGGUAAAAACAAGCGCACAAGAGGCAGUCAUUUUUCGAGGAUCUCGAGCACACUUUGCGAUGUUCCUGCACAUCUAAUUGUGUAAAUUUUGUUUCGCCCACCCGUACGCUACGUGUUUAGAACCUGACUGUAACAAAUCUGUACAUAAAAUGAUAAUAUAUAUAUUUAUUUAUAAUGUCUCGAGAAGCAACUUGGAGGCAAGUACAAUGCGAAGGUCUUUUGUUUCCGGUGCCCCGCUUUGUGACGAGUGUUUGGGUGCGCUCCCCAGUCCCUCCUUGGGAGGACUCCUCCACCAAUAAGACCCUCUCUUGCUGUACAUACGCCACUACGCCCCGUUAUUAAUAUUUCCUAAAAUAAAAUGUUAUUUCACGUAA